CGUCGCAGCGCGCCGCUCAACUGAAACGAGAAAACCGCAGCCUGCGGCGACGCCAGCGGCAGCUCGAAGCCAAGCUCUCUUCUCGCUCGAGAGCUCUCGAUGACGUAAGCCACCCAUCGACACAAACACGAAGGGGAGGGGGGGGAGGUCGUGGCAUCGCGUGUCGGAUCUGCCUGUCCCUUCCAGCACGAUGCGGAGCAGGCCGCAGCGGCUGAGGAGUCGACACGGGAGCGGGACGUGCCUCAAGCACCACCAGCUGAGCAAGGGACUGCUGGGUUGGAUGAGCGGAUUUGGGACCUCGAGCGGGAGGUGGGCCAUUGCAUGCGGGUUCGGCUGCAUUUGAAGCCUCUUGUCUGUUGUUAACCAGGUGGCUGACAGGGAUGAGACGUUUCGGCGUCUCGUGAAAGAUGUCAGUCUGGUGCGCGUCACCAUUCAGGACACUUGUUGCACUUGUCUCUCUCUUCUGUAGAGGGAUAGAUAUCGAGAGUUCCUUCACAACGCCAACAAAGGGCACCGCCAGGAGACAGGUCUUCACAGUGAUGGCGAUGAGUCGGAGGUGAGAGCAACACCGAGGAAGCAUGGAAAGGCCUCACUCCGGCUUUCUUGUCGUUGUUCAGAAGAGCAGCAAGUCAGAUCGCGAGCGAAAACUGGAUGCCGAGAUGAAGAGAGUAAGCCACAGCUUGGAAGAGACGCGUCCACUUCUGUUAGCGGCUGCGCUCCUUUGCUCAGCUCCGUCAAGAGAACCACACGUUGAAGGACGCUUUCAGAGAUGCCUUCGUCACGUCUCAGCAGAAAGAGACUGUCGAGGAACGAGAGAGAAUCAUUGCAAGAUACGAGGUAGCACACACGACGACACCGAAAGACGAAAUCGACACAACGCUUCCCUUCUUCAGGCACGUCUUCAGACUAGGGAGCGGCAGAUGGACUCUCAAUUAAAUGAGUACAAGGUAUCUUGUCGAUCACACGGAGAAGCACGAACCCAUCCACUAGCCCACACACACUUUUUCUCCCUGCCGGUCACUUUCUCGCCUCGUUGCCUGCAGUCGAUCAUCGCCUUUGAGCGUGAAGAGAAAGCGGCUCUGCAGAAGAAGCUCGAGGAAGAGCGUCUGUCCCCCCGCCCGCCGCCGCCACAGCUGCUGAGCUACCAGACUGAGGGCCUCUUCAGUGCCACUGGGACGGAUAACAGCAGCGUUUUCAGCGACCGGUCGUCUGCCCGAGAGCGGACAGAUGGCGGCGAUGAACAGCAGGAGCAGCCAAUCGGGUGGUGGGGCCGUUUCAAGGCUUCUGCAGUGUUGCUGGCUGCCUAGGUUCUCUCAGCUGCUGCGACCGGCCUGGGUGCGUUUGCGCGGAGAAGAGAGAGAGAGAGAGGCCCACGCAGACAUCAACCAACACGUAUGGUCUCUGUUGCUAUGCAGCCACAGCGGUCGACAGAGAAGCCGGCGGGAGAUAGAGGAGGAUCUGCUUGUGCGAGAACCCGUAAGCAGAAACAUCCACAAACCAAUGCAGCCACAAACCUGGGGUCUCUGUCAGCUUGCUGGUCCCUGAUCCGUCGGCUCCAAACGGUCGGCCGACGCACCGGUCGUCGCGCCGGCGCACAUCGAGGCGGUAGAGUCUCAUCCGCCGACGCAACAAACAGCCGCGCACCAACAUACUCGAAGAAAGAGUCGCGAGCAGCCGACAAAGCAAAGGUGCGGGUGCAAGAGUAUUUGCCACUCAAACGAAGUCUCGACUUCUUUCUCUUUCAGUUGCGUUUGGUGACAACGUCAUCCACGAGGCAGGGAGCAGAGCCACAGGAAGAGUCUCCCAGCCGUUCAGAGUGCUUGCGGAAUACAGUGAUGAGGUCCCCAUGCGAGGCAGCCGACUCAGGUACAAGCACACGGGUGAGAGUUCUUCGCACGGCCUGCUUUUGUCUUUGUCCACAGGGCGAUGGAUCAAUCGCAGGGCACCACCCGCCGGCCCACCAAAUCGAUACUCAAAUCAGCAGCGGGGCAAUCAUCGGCAGCCAACAAGUGACCCCAGACAGAGUCGUGACAUUUUGCGUAAGUCUUGGCGCCAUAGGACAGUUAGGACAAUGUGCGUUGUUUCAUAGGACUGAUGUGAUUUUGCAAGAGAGACAUCCAUAUCACUUGAGCGAGACGGGAAGGUUGGGUGCCAUGAGCAGAGGGCAGGGAGAAGAAGACAUGACUGCACCGCCUUGUAUGUAAGUGCCGUGGGUGUAUUGGCUGAUCUAUUUUUCGGUUGGCUGAUUGGUUUUCUGCGUGUCUGUCACCUUUCGCUUGAUUGAUCAGUCUUUUUCGAUGAGUCGUCAAGUGUAAGAGCCCUGCACAGCGUUAUGGUUGGUUAUGACGGCCUAUCAGGCAGACAUUAUGCCAUAAGACAGUUUGAAGAAUCCCGGCAGUCAGUCAGUCGAGAAGCACACAGACAGACAGACAGACCCAGCCACGGAGACAGAGAUACGGCUGCAGCGCACGAAGUGUAUGCAGAGAGAAGGGGUCUACUUUCUCGACACCAUGCACGGCUUGUGAGGCAGGAUGGGUGGGUCGUGUGGUGCGGGCUAAGCCUCGUGUACGCGUGUGAUGAUAUUCGUGAUGGCAUGGCGGUGAGUCUGUAAGGACUGCAAUGACCACAUUCAUGUCUGUCUGGAGACACUCUUUUUGUGCACUCGCGUGUCCUCAUGCGGGGCCGCAUAAAUGCAAAGAGACACAGAUCAAGUCUAA